AUGUCUUCGGAGCUCAAGUAUACUAAGAACACACAGCUGGAGAAUCUGCACGCCCGCUAUACAGGCACAGGCAAUGCAGACAUCACCAAGUACGAAUGGAAUACGCAUCAGCAUCGAGACACGUACGCAUCCAUCGUCGGCCAUCCUCCUCUGCUGCAGUACAGCGCUCUGGCAGACGGCGAGUCGAUUGGCAGAGCAAAGUUUGAGAUGACCGAGAGGAUGCUGCAGCCCUGUGGACCACCACCGCCGCGAGAUGAUGACUAG